UGUGUCGGCUGUCAGGCUACCGCUGAAGUACACAGUUUGACUUGCUAUGACUGCUACCGAAAGUCAAAGUGAAGGAAAUAUUAACCUUUAACUAAUAGUGACGGUGGUUUAAUUUAGUAACUUCACGGACGUUUGGUACCACUAAGAAUCUAAAAAUGUUUUCUUUCACGGUCCAACCACAGGUGACUGUACCACUUAGUCAUCUUAUAAAUGUCCUCAACUCAAUGAAGAGCUCAGUGGGAAGCAGCAGCAGUGUCACCUACAAAUCAAGAAAACACAAGGAGCAUGUGUCACUGCCAGAACCACACUGCACAGAGCCCUUGUGGAACAUGCGUGAACUUGGCUUAUCAGACCUGGGAUCACAGCAGCUGAAGGAGCUGGUGAACAGCGUGUUCCCGAGUCCACAGGAGGCGUCUCUUUCACAGACUGCCUGGAGGACCUCACAUCUAUCCACACACUCAUUUUUCUACAAUAAACAUGGUUUCUCAUACGCUGGGAGGCCUGUGUCGGCCCAAGUGUUUUCUAGGCAGCACUCCUCACCUCUCAACUGUGUUGUCACUGAGCUACAAUACAUGCCAGUAUGGGUCCAGAGCAGAGGUUUUAAAACAUUGAGGACCAAAACCAGACGGCUGCAGUCAGGCCUUGAGCGACCCCUGGAGUCUGAAGGGUUCACACCAUCUUUUAUAAAGGGUUUUCUGUCACGUGAUAAGGGCUUGGAAGUUGAAAGUCUGGACAGCAUUUUGAAGAACAAGAACAUACCUGAUGGACAGCAAGAUGCUUUCAAACGGGGCUUCGCUGAAGGCUUCCUGAAGGCACAAGCCCUGACACAACGCACACAAGACUCUCUCAGGAGGACUCGUCUCAUCCUGUUGAUCCUGCUUCUUGUGGGGCUCUAUGGGAUUUCUAAGACCCCCUUUAUAUCGGUGCGGUUCCGAACCACAACAGGCCUGGACUCGGCGGUGGACCCAGUCCAGAUGAAAAAUGUGACAUUUGAACACGUCAAAGGGGUAGAAGAGGCUAAGAAUGAGCUGCAAGAUGUGGUGGAGUUCCUUAAAAACCCACAGAAGUUCACUGCAUUGGGAGGAAAACUGCCAAAAGGUGUUCUAUUGGUUGGUCCUCCUGGGACUGGAAAAACUCUGCUGGCCAGAGCGGUGGCAGGAGAGGCAGACGUACCUUUCUAUUAUGCCUCUGGGUCUGAGUUUGAUGAGAUGUUUGUUGGAGUGGGAGCCAGCCGCAUCAGGAACCUUUUUAGGGAGGCUAAAGGUAAUGCUCCCUGUGUCAUCUUCAUUGAUGAGCUGGACAGUGUGGGUGGGAAAAGGAUUGAGUCUCCCAUGCACCCUUACUCCAGACAGACUAUCAACCAACUUCUUGCUGAGAUGGACGGGUUUAAAACAAAUGAAGGCGUGAUCGUCAUUGGAGCCACAAACUUCCCAGAGGCUUUGGAUAAUGCCCUUAUCCGCCCGGGACGCUUCGACAUGCAGGUGACUGUCCCCAAACCAGACGUGAAGGGACGCACAGAGAUCCUCAACUGGUAUCUGAAGAAGAUCAAAGUUGAUCCUUCUAUUGAGGCAAGCAUUAUUGCCCGGGGCACAGUGGGCUUCUCAGGCGCUGACCUGGAAAAUCUGGUUAAUCAGGCCGCCUUGAAGGCAGCAGUCGAUGGCAAAGACAUGGUCACUUUGAAGGAGCUGGAGUUUGCUCAAGACAAAAUCCUCAUGGGGCCUGAGAGAAGGAGUGCAGUAAUAGACAAAAAGAACAAGCAAAUCACAGCAUACCAUGAAUCAGGCCAUGCAAUCGUAGCUUACUACACCAAAGACGCCAUGCCCAUCAAUAAGGCCACCAUCAUGCCCAGAGGCCCCAGCCUGGGACAUGUGUCAUUGCUCCCAGAGAACGAUCUCUGGAGUGAGACUCGCUCUCAGCUUCUGGCCCAGAUGGAUGUCAGCAUGGGCGGUCGUGUAGCAGAGGAGAUUAUCUUCGGCCACGAGUACAUCACUACUGGUGCAUCAAGUGACUUUGACAGUGCUACAAAGAUUGCCAAGAUGAUGGUGACCAGAUGUGGAAUGAGUGAAAAGUUAGGAGUGAUGACCUAUACUGACAUGACAGCACAAAGCCCAGAGACACAAGCGGCUGUGGAGAACGAAGUCAGGGUCUUAUUAAAGGAGUCCUAUGAUCGCGCCAAAGCCCUGCUGAAGUCUCACGCCAAAGAGCACAAGAACCUGGCAGAUGCUCUGCUCAUGUACGAGACUUUGGAUGCCAAAGAGAUCCAGCUGGUCCUGGAAGGAAAGACCCUUAAUACCAGUUGAAAGUAGCAAGGACACCAUCAAUCAGGCGGGGCAGAAAAAAAAAAGGAGAGCGGUGUUAGGUUUUGAGAGCUCAGCAAUCAAGGAAGGAGGAAUGGACUCAGGUCAUUAGCAACAAAUUAUAAGUGAUAUUUGGUAUACCUUCAUGCUGUCACCUUCAUGUCAACCCAUCAAUAUUUCCAAAGACAAAACGCUUUUCUGUGUUGAGAUGUUGGGAGGGGGGGGGGGAUCUGUGCAUAGUUGCACAGAGUCCCCCCCCCCCACGGUCUUAGAUUGAUAUUAUGGUAAAGGGAAAACCUGAAUGUAAUGCUUAUUUAAGGCCACAAUGUUUCCAUGCUAUGAAUGCACCUAGAAUUUCAACUCCUCAGUUGUCCUCUAGUGGUGGUAUUCAUUUCAUUUUUUAUUUGCUUGUGUUUUUCUUCAUCAAGCUUUCAUUAUUAGGUGUUGUGUUUGGACUCAGAUUAUUUUAUAUUUAGAAUGAUUUGAAAGUCAUGCACAUACACACUCCCCUCUUGCUGAACCUUCUGCCUAUGUCGCGGUUGCUCAUUUUAAAGGUGGCCUUUUGGGGAAUGUACUGUUAGUGUAAUAUUCCUUUUGAAGUAGAAGUAAAAAUAUAAUGUCUCAGCACUUUAGAUAAGUGUACAAACUGAAAAUGCACUUGUAAACUUCUUCUUGUAAUUUAUUUCAUUUAAUCUGUAUGUACAGAUGGUUUGAAACCUGCUGCUUAGCUUCAGAAAGCAUGCCACAUUCACACACUGGGGUUAGAUUUUUAAAGUUCUAAUGUUAGCCCAAUUAAAAAAAAAAAAUCUGAAUACAGUUUAGAUUUUUUUUUCAUGCAAAUGUGUGGAUUAAAUACUGUUAAUCCCAAAAUUAUUUUUUUUAAAAGGCCAGUCACUGACACUAUUCUUUUGUCAUCACUUUAAAACUAAGAUUUCUCUCAUCUAUGAGUCUAUACUUUUUGGUUUGAACACUUUUAAAGAAAGGUUAGGAUGUGCCAGCACUGUUAGUGCAAAAAGGAAUUCAAACUGUAACAAGUCUAAAUUGGAAAGUGAUAGCCAGGAGUCUUAUUGUGACAUAGUUAUUUCUCUAUAUACAAAUUCAUAUUCUAAUUAUUCAAAUGAAAUUAUUUUUUAACUCCUGUUGAGAUGACCACCAGCAUAUGUUUAACUUCAUAGCUUUACCUUGUUUUCCGAUAUUUGCUUCAAUAUGAGACACCAUAACUUCUGUUUAUUGGCCUUUUGCCCAUGUUAAACUGUACAUAUGAUUGGGAUGUAGUGGGAUUAUUGUAUAUAGAUGUAUAGUAAAUGCUUUUAUGCUGAGAACACAUCCAAUAGCUGUCUGCCGGUGAUUGAAAGAUGGCAGUGGUAAAUGAAUGUUUGUGCAGCUGAAAUAAAUAAGUAUCCAAAAGAAGGAAAAAA